UUUAUGAAGAACAUGCAGAUAAUAUGACUGACUUCACGUUGUGUGGAAAUCUUGCACCCAGUUUGGCAAGGAGUGGUACUGUUAAGCGGGCUGCUGGUACUAACUUUCUUCAGAAAAAAGAUAAGGAUAUAGGUUGUAGUAGUUUUUCUGAAGGUGAUGAUAGUGUGUUUUCGUCUAAAGAUAAAACAAGUCCUGAUCAAAGUGUAAACUCUCGGUACAGAAGAUCUUUAGAUAGUACUUUUAGGAGAAGCUUAGAAUCUAUCUCUGAACAUAAAACGAAAAGGUCAUUUUCUCCCACAUGCACAUUAAGUACCGCCAGCAGAUGUAGUUCUUCUUUGGAAUCGUUUUCUUCGGAACAUGAAAAUCCCAUUAAGAAUUGCAUAAAUAACAAAAAUGAUGAAGAGAAACCCGUACAAAGUCCAGCUUCUAGUUAUCUUUCAUGGAUAGAAAGCGUCAAUAAUGAAUUUAUUGAUACUGCUGCCACGACUGAAGUAAAACCAACCGAAGUCAACGAAGUUGAUAAUAAAGUGGGAGAAUGGAAUAACUUUUGGUUAAAUUAUAAUAGUGCUAGGAGCCGGUAUAUGUCUAGCGCUUACCUAAGUGCUGACGAAAAAAUAAUGGAUGAUAUAUCCGACGCCAAAAGUAGUAAUAGUACACAAAGAGACCUUGGAGAAAAACCUUCAGGAGAAUAUGUAAUUCUAACCCUUGAAGAGGCCCACGAAGCAAUAAAAUAUUCUAAGAAACUUACGGAGAUAUUUCAAACUGCUCUUGUGAGAAAUGAUCAUGACUGUGAGAAUUCAAACUUAGAAGCUUCUUUCUAUUCAGAAUCGCUAUCACGUCAGAAUUCUUCUAUACGGGAAGACAACGCUUCAAUAUUUACCAAUGAAGAAUUAAAGAAAGUAGCAAGGGAGAGAUCAGCCUCUUACAUAGUAACAACGCAGGAUCUGCUCAAGCAGCAAAAAGAAAUCAUUAAACCGUCCAUUCAAUCAUCCAGCACCAGCUGCAUAAACGCUAUUUUAAAUACGGGCGUAGCAGACAUUCUCAAGCGUGUUAUGAAGAGAAAAGAUAUAAUGACACCUGACGAUAUGUCCUCAAUGACAAGGCGUAGUUUUUCGGAGUGGAGUAAUAAAUGA